CCGCGUUCGGGACCGCCGAAGUCUCCCAAAGGAAAGAAGGACCCCACCUCACAGCCUGAGAAACCGCAGAGAAGAGAGAAGAUUAAAAUGAAAUUGCCUUUUACUUUUUGUAAUAAGAAGGACGAAAACUUGCUUCUAUGGAUAGUUAAGAUCCAAACAUAUGUUGGAACAGCCCCUGUCGAGGAGCCAUUCCAGGUUGCUUUCUCAACGUCUUGCUUGGGAGGGGAAGCUAAAGAAUGGGUACUGGCGGAAGCUAAUGCCGCCAGAUUUGAAGAUAUUGGUGAGUGGGCUGGAACGCUGACCUUGAAACAGUUCCUUGCCAAGAUCAAGGAACGUUUCUUGGACAAGACUACGGCCGAUAAGGCCUUUGACCAACUUACCUCGAUUGGUCAAAAGCAUUGGACCUCAGUAGAGUCUUUGUCACGGGAAGUCGACCGGUUGCUGCAGGUUCCAGGAUUGAACCUGCAAGACAACCAAAUCCUGUAUAUCUACUCCCGUGCUUUGCCUGGGCCUAUUCGAGGACAGCUUGUGGCAAAAUCCAAAUCAGGUAAGUAUAAGUACAGGCAAUUUCGGGAUUUGGCUCUCCAACGAGAGCAAAUGACAUCUCAGGUCAAGAACACUUAUGCAUCUGUGGUGAAGCAUGGUGGUGGUGGUGGUGGUGGUGUAGGUUAUAGAAAGCGUGUACUUUGGCGUCAGAAGCGCCAGGACCACACCCUUGUCGUCUUUGACGACGAAACUGUGGAAAGGUGGCCAUUGGAGGCCGAGGGUGUGGGAAACAGCAGUGAUUCCGCGAAGGGGGAAGUCACUGCUGCCGUGGUCAACAAGGGAGGACCACGACCGCCAGGAAAGAAGAAGAGACCACGCUCCUUUCCCGAGCAUCCCGGCAUUGCGGCAGGGAAACCUUAGGAGAAAAUGGGAAUAACACAGGACACGUGGCAAGAAAGACUGAACAAUGCGCACUGUCUGAAGUGUGGCGUUGCUGGGCACGUAAUUGCGUGGUGCCCACUCAUUCGAAAUAAGAACCUAAAAGGGAGCAGCCAGUAGGAGUAGCAUCUGCUCCUACUGAGUCUAAGGGUUUGGACCAGGUUGAAGGUACUAACCCUUCCAACCCUUCGACUCACACGGCAGAGGAUGGUUCUUCUUCGGCCCAUCGUCCAGAACACCCUGAAACUGUCUUAUGUUCUGUCUCUCUGGACGACUCUCUUGAUGAGCUUGGUAACGAGUUGCUAGCAUUA